GUUCAAUCCCGGUGGUCUUGCAGCAUGGAUGAUGCAGAUGCCUUGGCCCCACGCGGUGGGAGGGCCCGGAGUGCAUGUGACCUGUGUCGACAUAAAAAGAUCCGCUGCGAUGGCGAGAAACCCGCGUGUGAAAACUGCCAUUUUGCCGGCGUCGUCUGCACCUUUACCUUUACCGGUCAACCUCGGAAGACCAUCCGAGAGCAGCUGGCAGAGGCUAAAGCCCGCGUGCGGGAAUUGGAAGAGUUCAUUGCUGCGCGGGAUCUCCCGUUAUCAGGCUCCCCACUGCGCGGUGAGCCGUCGCGGAUCUCCUCGCCAGAGUCGCCGCUGUCACUCGACUCAGCGCCGUCUCUGCCUCAAGACUCGUCCGUCUAUGACACGGCCUUGGAGAUCUUCCAGCAGCACCUCGAGUGGUCGUGGCCGGGAGUGGCCCAUUCGCCCCAGCGGUCGUCUUUCUAUGCUACUAUCUACCGGCAGACGGGCACGAUCUUGGACAUGUCUGGCUUCUGGGCUCGUGUGACCGAUGUCUACAAGUCACAGUAUCCUGCUACUCAGGCGAGAAUUGCCUCUCCCAAGUGGCCUAGUUACCCGCUCAUCCAGCAGUGUCUGGAGUACUACUCGGCCGAGGGUCUAUACGCCGUCUUCCCUGUCAUUGACAUUGCCGCUGCUCAAAGCAUCAUCACCGAUCAUGUCACCGGCCGGGAGGCCCCCCGCAUUGCCGACCGAGCUUGUCUGUUUGCUUUUACCGCCUUUGUCACGAAGCUGCAUCACCAUCAGCCCAUGUUUGCGAAUGCCGACUCGGACGGCUACGCGCAGGCCGUCCUCACCCUCGUGCCGAAACUCAUGCUCGAACCGAAUGACGUGCGCAAACUCGAAGCCCUCCUCAUCCUAGCCCUCCACAUCGCCCCCGCCGGUCAACCCCAACAAUCUCAACUGCUCCUCUCCAUGGCCAUCCGCAUUCUCUACCACCUCGGCGCCCACCGUAAAUCCCCCCUCAACCCCACUGACCCAUCCCACGCCCACCUCCGCGCCAUGUUCUGGGUCUGCUACACCAUGGACAAAGAAAUGUGCAUCCGCUCGUGUCUCCCUCCUCUCCUGCAAGACGUCGACUGUGACCUCGACUUCCCCACCACCUACGUCGAAUCCUUCGACCUGCAAUUCCUGCCCCCGGCCCCCGCCACGCCCCGUCUGCUUCUUCCCACCGACCUCCGCGUCGCCAUGCUCAAAUCCAAAGUCUACCACGGGUUGUACUCGUGCCAAGCGAUGAGAUUCCCCGAAGCCCGUCGUCUCGAACGUAUUCGCCAGCUCGAUCAAGAACUCAGCGACUUGAAAGCUAGCUUUCCCGUCGGGUUCCGUCCGGAAUCGUUCAGUCCGGGGGGUUCCGAGAGUACCCUCACUUCGAUCAACUUUCAUAAUCUCGGCCUGCGGGGGAUUAACAUCCAUCUGGAGUAUUAUUACUGUUUACGGAAAUUACACGAAGCGAGCUUCACGGGGCGUUUGUCGCUGCCGCUGCCGUCCAGUCUAGAAUUAUAUUAUCAGGCGUCGCGAUCAACCCUCUUGUAUUAUUUGCGCGUCAGCGGGUUGGUGGAUCGGUUUAGUUUUUGGAUCCACGCCCAAUUCAUCCUCUCCGCCAUCCUCUCCCUCUUCUGGUGUCUAAUUGAGGGUCCUACCGCAGCAACCUUUACUCGUGAUCUGCGGAUUCUCGAGGAUACGAGGGACCUGUUUGCUUCCUUUCAGGGUUCGAAUCAACACCCCCCCUCGCAUACGCAGUCACCAGAGAAACAAUUCUUUCCACCCGCGUACCUCAUGCACGAGUUUCUAGUCAUGUUGAUUGCAUUAGCGCGGCAGGCAGUGACGCGGACGAAAGGGGGAGUGUGAGCUUGCUGUGAUUAUUGUUAUGAAUGAAGGUUGCAUCGAUGGGUUGCAUUAUGCAUUCAUUAUGCAUUGUUGGUUGGGGUUUGUUUCUACUUCAUCUGUAAAUAUCCAUUUCAUUUCCUUCGUGUUGAGCAUGUCGGUGUGCAUAUAAAAUCCUGAUUAGCAACCGGAGUGAGAAAUACACUCAUGGGUUCUCCCCCCC